AUGUUUCCUUAUCCAUCUGGUCGUUUACAUAUGGGUCAUGUGCGUGUAUAUACUUUAAGUGAUACAUUAGCACGUUAUUAUCGAAUGCGAGGUUAUCAAGUUAUUCAUUGUAUUGGUUGGGAUGCAUUUGGUUUACCAGCUGAAAAUGCUGCAUUUGAACGAUCAGAAGAACCCGAUCAAUGGACAAAAAAAAAUAUUGCUUAUAUGAAACAACAAAUAAAACAACUUGGUUGUAGUUUUGAUUGGAAACGAGAAUUAUCAACAUGUGAUCCAAAUUAUUACAAAUGGACACAAUAUAUAUUCCUUAUGUUAUAUCAUGAAGGAUUAGUUUAUCAAAAAAAAGCUGCUGUUAAUUGGGAUCCUGUUGAUCAAACAGUUUUAGCUGAUGAGCAAAUCAAUGAAGCUGGUCGUUCAUGGCGAUCGGGUGCAAUCGUAGAAAAAAAAUAUUUAAAACAAUGUUUCGUAUUUAACGAAACAAAUAAUACAUAUAAAAAAUAUUAUUCAACUAAAACACCUUAUAAAUCACCAUCAUCAACAUUAGUUUUACCAUUACCACCAACGGGAUUUGAAUUAGUAUGUACGCAAGUUCUUGCUCGACAUGGUUGUCGAGCAUUAGAAGGUCGAAAAUAUGACAAAUUAACAAUGGCAUUAUGGACACAAGCAAAAGAAGAACAAGCAUUAACAGAAUAUGGUCAACAAUUUGGUGAAGAUCUUCAAUAUUUUAUUUCUAUCAAUGAUAAAUUAGGACGUGGUCAACUAUCUGGACUUGGUAAAAUUGAACAUCAAAAUCUUGGACGUCGUUUAACCGAACGUAUCUUACCAUUGUUUAUGAAUGGUCUAUUAACUAAUUCAUCAACUCGUAUUCGUAUUGUUAACAGUGGUAAACCUCGUACAAAAGAAAGUUCAGAUGCAUUUGUACAAGGUUUACCAAUAGCUAUAAAACGUUUAAUUGAUUAUGAACCAGCAAAUCCAACAUUACUUUCAUUUUAUGACGAUAUUAAAUAUCAAACAUAUUUUAAACAAGAUAAACAAUUAAAAAACAAACUUCGUUCUAUUCAAGUACAACCAUAUUCAAGAAAAAUGGCACGUAAUGUACUUGAACGUUUAUUUAAAGAAUCAUUUAUUGAUAAACUUGCUAAUGGAUCUUAUUUAAUUAUUGAUAAUGAAUCAGGAAAAUCAAUAAAAAAUGAAAUAGAUGCUGUUCGUAUGCUUCAUGGUCUAUAUUUAAUUGGUCCAAAUCUCCGUGAAGAAGGUGUUGAAUAUUUAUUAGAAAAAUAUUUUAAUUUAAAUGAAUCAGCUUGGUUUGCUUAUCUUCAAGAUGCUAAAGAAUAUUAUGAAAAAGGUCCUGGACUUUCAGAUCGAACAAUAAUACAUGAAAUGGCACAAAUAUUACUUGAUGAUUUUUUUCUUCAUUCUGAACAAUGUUCACAAAUUAAUUCAACACAUAUUCUUCGUGCACGUUUUACUCAUGCUGAAGCAAUUAUUCCUUUUGCAGCACUAUUAAAAAUUCCUAUAUUAAGUGAUAAAUCAACACCAAUUAAUGAAACAUAUACAUAUGAAAAUAAUGGUUGGCGUGGUGAAUUAGUUUCACCAAUGACAGCUAAUAUUCAAUGGGAAAUAUAUCGAAAUCAUAAUAAUGGUACAACUCAUUAUUUUUCCAAUCAACAAAUACUUAUUCGAAUGUUAUUUAAUGAAUAUCCUGUUCCAUUCAAAUAUGAAUGUCAACCAUAUAAUAUGAUAAACCAUCUUUUUUAUAAAAUUGAUGAAUUAAAACGAUGUUAUAGAAUAUCUCUCCACGAUAGUCUUGAUACAUUAGACAAAGAUGAUUGGCAAACAUUAAUUAAUAUUCAACGCAUGUGGAUGGGAGAAUGUAAUGGAGUUAAUAUACUCUUUAAACUUUCGAUUCCAACAAGUGAAUAUGAUUUUAUUGAAACAUUUACAAUAAAACCUGACACUUUACUGAAUAUUACACAUCUUUAUAUACAAAGUACUCAUAAAUUAGCUCGACCAGAUUUAAUCGAAGAAACUGAAACUGGUGCAAAACGUUUACGUAUUGAUGCUAUUCAUCCAUUAACAGAACGUGAAUUACCAAUUUUUAUUAAUGAUGAUGCAGAUUUUGGACCAAAAAUACGAGCAAAUAUGACUAUGUUAAAUGUUCAAAUAGGUACACCUAUAUCAAAUAAAUUUGAUGAAUCAUUUGCAAAUAAACAUAAUAUUUCAACUUUUAUUAAUUCAUCAUCUCAUUGGUAUAGAAUGGAUUUAGAAACAUUACUGGCUGAACUUCGUUCACGUGAAUUAGGAGGUUAUCGAACAUCCGGUAAACUUAAUGAUUGGUGUAUUUCACGUCAACGUUAUUGGGGUACACCAAUUCCAAUAAUUCAUUGUAAUCAUUGUGGUGCUGUACCAGUACCAAUGAGCGAAUUACCUGUUCAAUUACCUUCAAUUAAAAAUAUAAAAUCUUCAUCAAAAACAGGUAUAUCACCAUUAACUAAUGCUCAUGAUUGGAUAAAAAUUCAAUGUCCAAAAUGUGGAAAUUUAAAUGCUAAACGUGAAACUGAUACAAUGGAUACAUUUGUUGAUUCAUCAUGGUAUUUUUUACGUUAUUUAGAUAAUGAAAAUACAACAAAACCCUUUGAACCAGAUAUUGCUAAUAAAUUAAUGCCAGUCGAUCUUUAUAUCGGCGGACUAGAACAUGGUAAUUAA